GGAAAGCAGAGAGCUGACGAGUUCUGGAAACGUCAUCUUCGACGAGAAGACAGUGCAGUGGCAGACUUUUUCGUGGGCCAACUGCAGUCCACCAUCAAGUGCACCAAAUGCAACAGUACUUCUUCAGCCUACGACCCCUUCUGGAUAUUGCAACUGGCCAUUCCUAAAAACCCCUCAGUGGAAAGAAGAAACCUGGUAGAAUGCCUAGACUUUUUCACUACCGCGGAACACCUUGACGGCUCUGAGAAAUUCUGUGCAAAAUGCAAGGAUAGAAUGAAGUCUACGAAGCAGAUCGAAAUCCAGAGAUUUCCUUUGAUUCUGGUGGUGCAAUUGAAGCGUUUCGACAUGAUAUACGGGUACGGGGAAAAGGACAACACCUUUGUCGAAUUUCCCAUGGAAUUGGUGGACAUGAAAAAGUACAGAUCAGCCACAGCAUUGGUGCCAAAGAAGUACGUGCUGUACGGAGUUGUGAAUCAUUUUGGAUCUCUGGACUGGGGCCAUUACACAGCCAUUGUCAAGCAUCCGAAACAAAAUGCCUGGUUUGAAUUUGACGAUUCUCGGGUGAUGAGUGUUGUCGACGCCGGAAAAGUCGUCCGAUCCGCGGCGUAUCUCCUGUUUUACGAAAGUGAAUCCGUUCGCCCGAAAGACGCGUUGCCCUCGUCGGGAAUGUCCCAGCAGACCGUGUCAACAGCAAGUAGCAGCAGCAAAACAACGAAACAGACCCCGUUGCCGCCGCAGGCGGGCAAAACGACCUCGAAUAAGAAAACGACAAUAGGGGUAGAAAUGGACCCCAAAGCUCAGAAUAAACGGGACUUGAAAAACAGACGAGUGCACGACCCCCUGUUGCAAGUGAACUAG